AUUAUAUAAGAGAGAUAUUCCCCCAGUUCUUUGUUCACGAAACCCAACUAUUCAGUUAUCUUUAAGAGAGAUCAAAUCAAAUGGCAACCUCCGCACUAGCCACGCAGUCCAUCUUAGAUAGCCCUGCAGCCGCGAAUCAAUUGGCACACAGAUGUCGAUCAGUUCCAACCCUUACAUCCACCUACUUGCCACGUCAGCACAGGAAGCCUAGCUUGCAAGUUCGGUGUAUGGCCGAGAAACUCCCCCAACAGAAAUUAAAGGUGAGCACGAAGUUCGAGGACGUGUUAGCAUUCAGUGGGCCAGCACCGGAGAGGAUCAACGGGAGGCUAGCGAUGGUGGGGUUCGUGACGGCAUUGGGUGUAGAGCUGGCCAAAGGAGACGAUUUAGUGGGACAGCUCAUGAACGGAGGGCUGCCGUGGUUCGUGGGGACCACCGUGUUACUGUCGAUCGCAUCGUUGAUUCCAUUGUUUAAGGGAGUGAGCGUACAGUCCAAGUCGGAUGGGGUGAUGACGUCGGAUGCCGAGAUGUUGAACGGAAGGUUUGCGAUGAUGGGGCUUGUGGCUUUGGUCCUCACUGAGUUCGUCAAGGGCGGACCACUGGUGUAGAGAACAAGAGAUGUACUAUAUAUAUAUAUAUAUAUAUAUAUAUAUACCAGUAGUAGUAGAAGGCAACCCACCUUAGGCAGUAAAUGCGGUAGAUAAUUCCAUUAUAUCCUUCUAAUUAAGAAAUCAGAUAUAAUAAAGCCUAAUUGUUUGUCUU